GGAAUGUUCAAAAAAAUUGGAAAAAAAAAAAAAUCCAAAAAAUGAUCUCUCUGCCACACACCGCGGUUUUCCCCAACGGGCUUCUCCUCCACAGAACCACCUGUCGGAACCCCAGUCGCCGUCUUCGGAUCCGAUCAUCGUCGAGCGUACAGGAACGAGGUGCUGACAAGGCGGCGGAUUCGGCGGAGGAAGGGACGGGGCUGAAGCCGGAGCUUUAUGCUUCGGCUCCGCUUCCGCCGGUGCGGGCGGCGAAGCGGGUGGUGCUUGUGAGGCAUGGGCAGAGCACGUGGAACGCGGAAGGUAGGAUCCAAGGAAGUUCGGAUUUCUCUGUACUGACGAAGAAAGGCGAGGCUCAGGCCGACACUUCUCGCCAGAUGCUCGUCGAUGACUCCUUCGACGUCUGCUUCUCCAGCCCCCUGAAGAGAUCGAAGAAAACAGCUGAUAUCAUAUGGGGUAAUAGAGGGAAUGAGAUGAUCACGGAAUUUGAUCUCAGAGAGAUCGAUCUAUACUCAUUUCAAGGUCUUCUCAAGAACGAAGGGAAAGCAAAGUUUGGUCCAGCUUAUAGGCAAUGGCAAGUAGACCCGGCAAACUUCAAUAUCGAUGGACACUACCCAGUGAGGGAGUUGUGGUCCCGUGGUAGAAGCUGCUGGGACAAGAUUCUUGCCCAUGAAAGCAAAUCUAUUCUCGUUGUUGCUCAUAAUGCUGUUAAUCAGGCUCUUGUAGCAACAGCAAUUGGUUUGGGAACAGAGUACUUCAGGGUUUUGUUGCAAAGCAAUUGCGGAGUAAGUGUGCUCGAUUUCACGCCAAGAGCUGAUGGUGGAUCGCCUCACAUAUGUCUUAAUCGCUUAAAUCAGACACCCAAUUCUCCUGUAGCCUCUGGAAGUUCUGGUGGCCGCAAAACAUGUAAACGUAUCGUACUUGUCUGCCAUGGAGCUACACAAGGAGAUAACGAGGCUGUCUUUCCCAAUUUUGAUGAUCAGCCGAUGAACAUGCUUGGAGCUAUACAGUCACAGAAAACUGCAGAGCUUCUUCUUGAUUUGAAAGUGAGCUCCAUUGUUAGCAGCCCUAAAAGCGCUUCCAUUGAGACUGCUGGAGUAAUAUCCCGAGUGCAAGAAGCUGCAGAUUGCUUGGGUGCGGAUUGUGUGCCUCGCUAUGUGGAGAUGAAGCAAAUGAAUGACCUUGAUGUUGAAGGUGCCUUCCACAAAUCCACCAAGAGUGAAGCCUCAGACCCGUCUCUCCUGUCCGGUUGGCUGAGUGAGUUAGAUGAUGAAACAGCUUCAGCUCUGUGGAACCAAUCGGGGAAAGCGUGGGAAUCACUCCUGGCUGAGCUAUCGGAUGAAUCCGAGCCAGAAAAGGUAGUGGUCGUGGUGGCUAACCCAUCAGUUCACAUAUCUCUCAUAGCGCAAUGCCUGAAUCUCACCAAGGAGUGGCUCGGUUCAUUCCAUCUCGACGAGGGGAGCAUAAGCGUUGUCGAUUUCCCGGAUGGCCCGGGCGGAAGAGGAGUCAUCCGGUGCAUAAACUACACGGCUCAUCUUGGAAGAUGGUCGAUACCUAUCACAAGGCCCACUGCUGGUGAAGAAGAGUUUUAGAAAUCAUCAGAAUUGGAAACAUCACACUACCUUUGUGUAUCCAAUCUAAGUGGGUGUUUGGGGAUUGGAGUGUAAUAUACAGAAUCUGAACGAGAUUUCAGUUGCAUCUGAAUCACUGAGUUCGUGUGGUGAAACUCGAGUUAUAUAUACACACACGCGCGAUUAA